AUGACCGUGGCUCUUUGGAUGUGGGAUCGUGAGCUCACCGCCAUGAGGACACGACAGGCCUUCGACCAGUGGAGGCGGAAAUCCAACCAGAUCAUCAAAGCGCGAGGCAUUUCAGGCAAGAUUGCGACCCUGGUAUCCUUGCACCAAUGUCUUCGCGACUGGAGAGUGGGCAUUCUGGAGCUGCGGGCUGAGAAGAUGCGCGACCAGCUGCAGCAGCGCUGGUUCCACUCUUUGGACCAGGCGACGAUCGCCUGGGGCCGCGAGUUAGAGCACGGCUUGAAGACCUCUGCGUUGGCGGCUUGGGCUUGGCAGACCAGAUACACGAUGUGGGAGGGGCGAGCACAGAUGAAGGUGCGACAGACCCUGCAGAGAUGGUUUUACUCCUCGACGCAAGCUGCCCUGCAUUUUGCGUUUCGCUCCUGGACAGAGGCACUCACGGAGGUGCGUUUGCAAGCCUUCCGCCUGCAGAUGCAGGGCAAGCAGGCGGCCUACCACAAGGCCAUCAUGGCCUUUGCGCCGUCCAUGGACAGCCUGAAAAUCAGAACCAUCUUCCAAGCCUGGAGCUGGGUGGCCUCCGCAGACAAGGUGCGUGGCCUUACACGCAGACUCCACCGCGACACAAAGGUUGAGAAGGCGCUCAUGUUCAUGGCUUCCGAGCACGAGGCUGUGACACAGCUUUGCAUCUUCCGCCGCUGGGUAAGCCAGGUCGAAAGCUUGAAGGCCAAGGUCCUGACAGCCAAGCUCAAGGCCUCUGGCACCUCCGGGGAGGUCAUUUCUGCCAUGACGCACUUCGCUAACGAUCAGCCGGUGCUGAUGCUGCAAUGGGUGCUUUUGGGCUGGCACAGCCCCUCGCCGUUGAGCGUUUAG